CUCACGCAAUCCAGUUGAACAUCGUCACCCUGUCGAAUCAUCUUGUUUUCUGGCGUGCUGAAUAAAAAUGGAAAUUCCUGUGAAGACUUGCUUCUUACUCCUAAUUUCUGUAUCAGUUGUUUAUGGUAUUGGAGCUCCGGAUCCUACAACUCCAUCUACUCCGCCACCAGCUCCAGGACCAGGUAUAAAUUUUAGCUUCCGCCGUGUGUCGACACGCAAACCAAAAACUGACAGUUCGGUAGAAAAUAUUUUGAUAUUAGUUUAUGUUAUGUGAAUUAUUUUAAAACAGCCAAAUAGACAAACUUUCAUUGGUAAUAGAGUAAAAUACAGUUAAAUAAACAAAUAAUGGCUAUUUGAUCAGUGGGCAUGUACAUAAUUCCCUGCAUGUACAUAAUUCAACUGCGUUUUACUCUUUUUACGUUUUACACGUAUUAAUACGAAAAUUUGCCCAAGGACAAAUUGAUUAAAUUUCGGUCAAAUUUGAAUGAAAAAUUUGGAUAAAAAAUUUGCAAAACUAGUUGGUGCUUAUUUUUAAUAAAUCAACCUAUAUAAUUGUGUAAUUUAUAUGCAGGAUACAUAGCGAUCUGUUCACAAGCUCUCGACAAGUUGUGUUCGCACUGCUUAUUCCGAGUUGUUGUAACAAGUUUGGAACAAGCUGUUAACAACUUGUAAUAAGCUUGAUGGCAUUAUUAGACUUGUUACAAGGUUGUUCUAGCAAUUAGUCUGAUACAGUCAUGAUAUAUAACAAAACUGUUACAAAGAUUGACGACACAAUGUUGUAACAAUACUGUUAUGUCAUGACUGCAUCGGACUUGUUGGAACAACCUUGCAACUACAAGUCUAAUAAUAUCAACAAGGUUGUUACAACUGUUAAGUUGCUCCAUACUUUGUUGACAACUUGGGAAAAACAGCACGACGGCGGCUUGUUGGCAGACUUGCUACAUGAGAUGUGAGAUUUUUGCGUGUGUAGUUCCGUCACAUAUCUUCGUUUUUGCCAGUCAAGUCUGUUUUGCUCGUGUCAUUCAGGGAAAUGGGCACCUAGUUUUUUUUAUUUAAUAAUUAGUUCAUGAAACUUAGUAUUUUGGAGCUAAAUCAAUAAAUGGCUUCGUGAUGUAUCAGUUGUAAGACUGUAAGUGCCUCCAGCAAUGCAUCCUCGGCCCACAGAUUGGAAUUUUAAUUAAAAAGUAUCUAUUGUUUGAAACAAAUCAUGCAAACAAAACACGGGCGUCAGCACAACGGACUUGAUUUCCUCUAAAAUAAAGCUCUUUAUAAACAGGAAUGUUAAGUUAAUUUGCCUCAGCAUGAAAACAAAAAAUAAUAUAACCAUCGAAAUAAACAGUGAUUCUUCUGGGUCUCACGAAUAGCCUUUCGAACCACAGAGUAAAUACCAUACAUGGAUUUUUCCAGUCCGCCGUGUUCUUAGCAAGUGCCCUAAAGAGAAGCAGUAGAGGCCGCCACCCCCUGAAAAGAUAUUGAAAUUUAAUGUUCCAGGGGGGUAAAUGCUUCUGUUAUAGAACUUUUAUCUAUAGAUAAUUAGUUGCUCGUUCAGAUAAACUGCUUAUCUUUUUCUUGAAGCCAAAGCGUGUUUGGAGGUCAGAUCACGCGUGUUUAUGUCAUGAUUGACAGAUUGAGUGCUCUACUUAUGCGUGAAAAGACUGGGACUCAGUGGCGGCGCCAGGGGGGGCAAGGGGGGGGUCACUAUUAGCAUAGGCGUACGGGGCGGGGGGGCGGGAGGGGGGGCGGUAGCCCCCCCAGUUUUUUGGGCAGUUGGGCAAUAUCCCAGUUUUUUGGGCAGUCGGGCAAUAUUCGAUCAACAGUCGGGCAAUUUUGGUUUGCAAUUAAAAAAAAUGGGACAAAUUCUGUUAAUUUUGUCUAAAAUUAAGUAAAUUUUUUGGCAAAUUUUGUGAUUUUUGGAAAAUUUGUGUUAUGUUCCGAAAAAUAUAGGUUGUCCGGAAAAUUUUUUUGACCCCUAAAAUGGUACACUGACCGAAAUUGUUUUGGCGACGGGGGGAGAGGGAGGUCGCCAAAAUAAUAUUGGGGGGGGGGGAGGUCGCCAAAAUAAUUUUUCCGGAAAAAAAUUUUUGGUGCUAGUCGGGCAGAAUCCCGAAAUUUUUUGGGCAAUGUGGAAUUUUUUGGGCAAAAAAGCUACCGCCCCCCCAGAAUUUAGCGGCCCCGUACGCCUAUGACUAUUAGUCACUAAGAGCGACUAAAGGCUACACAAGCGUUUUGUCGUUAUCGGAAAAUGUAUGGCUUAUAAGUUGUCAUUACUCAUUAGUGAAUGCGCGUAUACAUGAAACUGUUUUUUACAGUUUCAAUAUUCGUUUGUAAAUCUCUGAAUGGUGAAAACUUGUCAAUACUCCAAUAAUACGUUUAAAAAAAAGACAAAAAAGCUUUAGUUUUGCAGAGUUAAAUUCUCAAACGUGUAAGGCACUAAUAAGAUGAAAGUAUCACGAAAUUAUUUGAAUAAACCACAUCGCAUAUAUGGGGGGGGGGGGCGAAUGUCCUAAAGAGUGGCGAUAUUCCUAGGGUAUUCGCCCCACCCCCCUGGGAGGCGAUAUUCCUAGGAUAUUCGCCCCCGAUAUCGCCACGUUUUGAGGGGGGGGGGGGCGAAUAUCCUGGUUGGGGGGCGACCUUUUUAAAAAUUCUAUCUUGCCCCCCUAAAAUUUGAGUUUGCCCCUCAAAUGCCCCCCCCCCAAAUUUGGAGGCCUGGCGCCGCCACUGCUGGGACUGACCUUCAAGUUUGGCUUCAAAUUUCCAGUGGAGGUAGCGUUCCAGUUCUAUUCAGUUCAAUGUUGCUGGCUCUCAAAUUGGUAUAAUUCAUGUAAGCCAGUAAUAUUGGAUCAAAAUUCAAGAUGGCGGACGCUUUUUACGCCAAUUCCGUAUAUUUCUUUUAAAAACAAGGGUACUCUAAAUUGUACAUGCAACCCAACAAUCACUUACGAGAAAAACAAUCGUUUGCAGAACUAUAAUAGUUGGGCAAAAACCAUGCGGAAACGAAAAGAACGUCGCCAAAAAUGCAAUUUUAUGAGUGGACAGAGUUGAAUUCAUUAGAUUCAGUGUGGAAAAAAAUUCCUUCGGUUUUGUAAAAUUUCCUUAAUGUCUAGCUAGCGUAGAUUUUCUGAACUUUUUUGAAAUUAAUUUAUAAAAAACCCAUCUAAUUUGUUGCACUUUGAUUCUCUAAAACAACUUUAGCAACAACCUUAUUCCUUAAUUAAUCUCAAUCAACGACAGCGAUCAAAUUUUUCAGAUCACCACCUAUGCUAUUACCUAUAAUGCUAUGUAAGACUUAUUUUAAAAACGUUCUUUCGAUUUUUACUGCCAUAUUGGUACUUCCUUUAAAUAUAUUAAAUUCAGUUUGCGCAUUAAAACAGACGGACUCUAAGUUAUAUUCUAAGUGGCUAUUUAUACUAACCUGAUGCGUUGUUCUUCUUUAAGGGACACCAUUAUACGAUGAUUGUGUCGAAGCCCACCAGAAAACGUGCAAGUGA